UCGCAGACGCGGCACAGCGUUCGAUCGUUUUAAAAAUUUAAAUUCAUUGUGUCUGCCUGUUCGCCCAAAAGUUGAAGUACAUUUCCUCGCGGAAGAUGUCCGGAGAUGUACAAGCAAGAAAACGAAAAGAGAAGAGACGUAAAAAGGAUGAGGAAGACAGUGGUAUACCUGCACCUACCUUGGGAAAUUCUAACGAAAGUUUAACAGACAAUAUAACUAUACAUAUUUACAAAGAAAACAGCACAGGUGGACACUGGUGUGCACGAAUUAUAUUCUUUGCUAUUUUAGCAGUUCUUAUUGGAUUGAUUGGUAUAAUUAUUCUGGAACACAGAGGUACUACAGACAUUAAUACGCCAUUAGAAUCAUCUCGCUGGGCCUUCAUUUUUGAUGGGUGGGUAGAUGAUUCACUAUCUUUAUCCAAUGAGGAAUUACACAAUGAAAAUGGAUACGAAGACAUUAAAGAAACUGAAAGAGAUGAAGCUACAGAUGAUCAUGAUUCAGAAAUAGAGUCUACAAUAACUGAAAAUUCUAACGAAGAAGAAGAACAGAUCGAUGAAGAAAAUGAAGAAGAAGAACAGAUUGGAGAAGACAGCGAAGAUACACAAGUUGAUGAAGAAGAAGAAGAAGUAGAAGUAGAAGAAAAGGAAGAAGUAGAGGAAGAAGAGGAAGAACAGGAAGAAAUGGAAAAAGAAGAAGAGGAGGAAGAAGAAGAUACAAAUAAAUAUGAAGAAUUAGAGGAGGAAACAACAGAAGUUGAAUCAGACGAAGAACAAAGUAGAGUUUUUCAGGAUAAAGAAGAAUAUGUCAGCACAGAAUUAAAUCAUCAAAAAGAAUAUGAGGAAAAACUAAUGAAAAUUAUACGAGAAGACGAAAAUAUUAACCCACAGAAUUCUUACGAUACUGAUGUAUUAGAAGAAAUUUAUGCUACAAGUAAAGAAGAAAGUAAAGAAAAUGCAUUGUACGAAACAGAUAGUCAAUUUCAUGAAAUCGAAAAAACGUCAACAAAUGAGGAUAUAUUUGAAUCGUUUUUAGACAUACCUGACAUUAAUGAAAUUAACGAUGACAAUAUAGAACCAUUAGAAGAGGUAGAAAGUAUCGAACCUGAAGAAUAUAUUAGCGAUAUAGAUAAAAAGCCAGAUAUAGAAGAAAUUGAAGAAGAAUCUAUUAGUGUGGCAAUGAAGUUUGGAGUUGGUGUGGCACUUGUUGUUGCUGCACAUUUUGUCCUUGUGAAACGAUGGAACAAUGAAGUUACCUUUAUUGAAACUGAAUCUAACAUAAUUUCAUCUGAGAAACGAAGCAGGGAACAAACUACAACUACAGAAAAGAAAAGGAUAUCUGAAGCAGGAAAGUAUAGAAAAGAAGAUAAAGAGAAAAUAGUGGCGAAGAAAGGGUCUGAGGAAGAAAUUGAGGAUGAUAGCAAAGAGUGGAAAUGGAAGAGAGAAGAAGAAAUUGAUAUUAAACUGGGAGAAGAGGAAGAACUUAAACCAAAGAUCAAGAAAGAAAAGGAAGUGUUAGAAAGGGAGUCAGAGGAAGCAGAAGAUGAAGAGGAAGUGGAAGAUGAAGAAGAGUUGGUAGAAGAUGAAGAAGAUGAAGAAGAAGUAGACGAAGAAGAAGAAGUAGAAGAAGAAGAGGAAGAGGGAGAGGAGGAAGACGAAGAAGAUGACUAUGAUGAUGAUGAAAUUGACAAUUUUGAUGACUCUGAACUGGUUGCUAAACUUGAAGCUAAAUAUGGAAAAUUACAAAAUAACAGAAACGAAACUAAAGAAGCAAAGGAAACAGAAACUAACAGUGUGUCAAAAUGGAAACGUAAUUAAUUUGUCAAAAUUGUAUACAUGUUGAUUUGAGAAACAAAUGCACAAAGUUUAAGAAAUGA